AUGGCGGAGGCAACGCGGGUGGCGAGUCAGAUUCUUUUCCAAAACUCCCUUGCGGAAGUUGUGCGGAAGUUGCGCUCCGCCAAGAAGAGCGAGGCGGAGGUGAUUGAGCAAUGCAUCGCGGAGACACGGAAGGAGAUUACAUCCACGGUGCAGAGUGUGAAGGUCACAGCGGUGCUGAAGGCGGUGUACUUCUCUAUGCUCGGAUACUCCGCAGCAUACGGGGCGUUUAACAUUAUUGAAGUCAUGGCUGAUAGAUCAUUUGCGCACAAGCGUAUUGGAUACAUGGCGGCAUGCAUCACCUUCACCCCGAAGACAGACGUCUUGCCGCUUCUGACGGCAUUACUGAAGCGCGAUCUUGCAAGUGCUAAUCAGUACGAAGUGGGGUUUGCGCUUUACUGUAUUUCCUCUAUCUGCACAAAGGACAUUGCGAGGGACCUUGUUGUGGAUGUUGUGAAUCUGCUGAAUCAUCCACGCAAUUACGUCCGCAAGAAGGCGGUGCUUAGUCUGUAUCGCAUAUUUUUUGAGUACCCUGACGCCCUGCGGCCAACGUACCCACGGCUGAAGGAAAAGCUGGAUGAUCACAGCGAACGUUGCGACAAUGAUCCUGCCGUACGUGGGGCGGUGGUGUGUAUCCUGUGUGAACUUGCUCGCCGCAAUCCAGCGAAUUUUCUUGGUCUUGCUGUGCCUUUUUUCUCGAUGCUUUCCACCGUACACAGCAAUUGGACGCUUAUUAAAAUUGUGAAGGUGUUUGGUUAUUUUGCCCCACAUGAACCUCGCCUGGGGAAGAAACUUGUGGAGCCGAUAGCAAAUCUCAUUUGUGCAACAGGAGCAAAAUCUGUUCAAUAUGAAUGCAUACUCUCUGUAGCCAAUGGCAUGAGUAAAGUGCCAUCAUUAACGAAGUUGGCGGCAGAGAAAAUAAAACUAUUUGUGGAGGAUGCCGAUCAAAAUUUAAAGUAUUUGGGGCUUGAUGCCAUGUCUCGCAUGAUGCGGGAAAAUCCGAAACUUCUUAUUGAUCAACGGGAAGUUAUUCUUGCAUGUCUGAAUGACAUGGAUGCCACCAUCCGACGUAAAGCGCUGGAGAUUCUGCAAGGAAUUGUAACAAAAAAGAAUAUUGUAUCCACCAUAAACAGUAUGAUGGAGCGACGUGUGCGGUCUCCCCCGGAUGAGGAGUGGUCAAACCGUGUUAUCGCCACAGUCAUUGAAGUUGCCCAGACCGAUGACUAUACCCUGUUGCAAGACUUUGAGUGGUACUUUAGUAUAUUACUGGACAUCAGUCUCGUGAAUCUCACCGCCUAUCAACAUGGUGCUCUUGUGCAGCGAGAGUUGGUAACGGUACUGACGCGUGUGAAUGCGGUGCGGCAGUUUGGUGUUCAAGCAGUAAGUGAACUGCUGUGUAAUUCAACGCUGCUCAACUGUGACGCUACACGCUCAACUCAGUGGCAGAUAAUUAAAGCGGCGGCUUUUCUCUGCGGUGAGUAUCCCUACUGGCUGCUGGAUAAACGUCUCACAUGCGAACGACUUUUGAGUGAUCGCAUUGCCGCGAUGCACCCCGAGGCGCAGGUGGCGUGUGUUGCUGCAGUGGGGAAAAUAGCAGCGUUUGUGCAUCAGCCUUGUCCACGACAUUUAACUUUGUCACAUGGUGAGGAGGAGUUAAAACUACCAGACGAUCCAGUGACAGAUGCCGAAUUACGGGCGGUCAUUCUCCCGCAACAGGAGUCUGAAAAGGAAAAGGACGACGGAGAUGAUGACAAGGGGAAGGAGGAGUACUCUGGCCUAGAGCUCUUUCGUCACAGCAUUUACCCAGACGUGCAGGAACGGGCCCAUUUGGUCUUUUACCAUGUCGACACGAACCCAGAUAUUGGCCCAACCUUCUACGUGGAGGAGUUGUUGUCUGUCGCCGUGGGAGCGCAGGAUGCGGUGAAACCGCCGGAUGAUCUUGACCUUGGCGAGCCAUUCUGCACGCACCUCCCCUCGUUAAUGCAGCCAUCCGAUAGCGACGAUGAUGAGAACAUGGACGAUGGCGAAGUCGAGUUUGACUUUUUGGGUGCCGACGCGGUGGAACUUCAGCGACGGAAGGAAGAGGAGCGGCGUGGAGAGGUGGCAGCAUUUUACAUCAAAGACACGACGCUCACGCGAGAGGAGUUGCCCGUUGAUGUCCGACUGGAGAAGGUUACGGCGGCCUCCCUGCACCUUCAUGGCACCGGUCUCCAUGUGCCACGCAAGACACAUUCCAUUAACCGUGAACUUUUACGGCCGUCUAAUUAUGUCGCGGCGAACCCCGCACGACGACGCAAUGAAGAAGUGGAGGAAGAUGAGGCUACGAAAAAGUUCCGCAAUGUUGAUGUCACGCGGGCCCUUGCAGCGGAUGAGAAGCUCCCAGAGCCAAUCCCAUACACACAAUCAUUGCAGCUCCGUGCUUCUGUGGGACGUGGAAAGGAGGAAACACAGGCAGCGGCAGCAGCAGCAGCAGAAGCGGCGGCCGUGUUUGACCCCGUUGUGCUACUAGAAGAACGGCACCUUCGUGUUACAGCGAAUGUGGUAUCAUGCCAUGUGCAUAAGGAGUGCACAUUGCUAACUCUCGAAGUGGAAGUGUCAAAUCUGGCAAGUAGCAGCAGCGCAUAUGACGUCCAGCUUUGCAUUAAAUACGAUGAAGACAAUUUUACAGAGCAAAGUGUACAGUUGGAGUCACUUGAUUUCAGUGACACAAACAACAGCAAUUCAAAUAAUAUUCAUAAGAAUGAUGAUAAAAAAAAAAAGAGGGAGAAUAUAGAUAAUUCAAAUCAACAGCAGCAGCAGCAGGAAAAAAAGGGGGAGGAGAAGGAAGAAGAAGAAAAGGGGAAUGGUGGGAGCGGCGUCACAGGUGUGUGUCUCGCUGAACGCAUCAAGGGCUCGAAGUCUGUGUGCAGGAAGAUGGGUAUUCGAUUUAUUUCGCAGCUUCCACCCUCGCUUGUCAAGCCCCUCACGUUUAUCCUUGCGUACACGCGAGGCAAGAAACCGGCAGCCACAACGUUACAGUUGCCUCUUUUUUAUCCUUAUUUCUCGAAGAUACCGAAGGACAUUCCGCCCGCAGAAUUCAGUCAGACUAUCCUUGGGAAGUUUCUGUUGGCGGCACCAAUGGUGUCUGGAUUUGUUGACGUCAAUUUAACGCAUGUGCCACUUGCAAUGCCGCUGAUACAACAGAAACUACGGCUGAAACCGGUUGAAAUAUUUAAGGAUGUCGCAUCAUUUUACGGUGUGUUGCAUGCGCGGAAGUCGACGGCAGAGAAGGCACACGUCGCUGUACUUCUGCGCGAGGACACGGUGGAGGGGGACAAGAAGGGUAUAACUAUCAUGGUGAAGGCCCAUCAGACCUGUUUGGCGGAAUCGCUGGUACAAGAAAUCGCCUCACUCAUGAUACAGGAGGCUUCUUGA